UAAAACAAUCUAUAUUAAAAAUUCAACCUGUAUUAUGUUGUUCAAUAAAUCAAUCAGUCCAUAUAAGUGGUGUAUCUAGUAAUUUAAGAAAUAUAAAUAGAGAGAAACUUAAAGAUUUAGUUUCACCUAUUACAAAAGACAAAACUUUUAUAUUUUAA